GAGCGGCGGCGCCCGGGCGGGGCGCGGAGCUCGGGGGCGCGGGCAGGGGCGCGCGGGGCCCAGGGCCGGGGACGUGGCAGCCGCCUCGCCCGCACGAAGUUCCCCGGAGUUGCCUGCGCGUGGGCUCAGGGCCGGCGGGCUGGACCAUGAACGUGUUCCGUAUCCUCGGGGACCUGAGCCACCUCCUGGCCAUGAUCUUGCUCCUGGGUAAGAUCUGGAGGUCCAAGUGCUGCGCAGGUAUCUCGGGGAAGAGUCAGAUCCUUUUCGCUCUCGUCUUCACCACCAGGUACCUAGACCUGUUCACCAACUUCAUCUCCAUCUACAACACAGUAAUGAAGGUGGUUUUUCUCCUCUGUGCCUAUGUGACGGUGUACAUGAUCUAUGGGAAAUUUCGGAAAACGUUUGACAGCGAGAAUGACACAUUCCGCCUGGAGUUUCUUCUGGUCCCAGUCAUUGGCCUCUCUUUCCUUGAGAACUACAAUUUCACUCCCCUGGAGAUCCUCUGGACAUUCUCCAUCUACCUGGAAUCAGUGGCCAUCCUACCCCAGCUCUUCAUGAUCAGCAAGACUGGCGAGGCAGAGACCAUUACUACUCACUACCUGUUCUUUCUUGGGCUGUACCGGGCACUCUACCUGGCUAACUGGAUCAGGCGGUACCAGACCGAGAAUUUCUAUGACCAAAUCGCAGUGGUGUCUGGAGUAGUACAAACCAUCUUCUACUGUGACUUCUUCUACUUGUAUGUGACCAAAGUCCUUAAAGGAAAGAAGUUAAGUCUUCCAAUGCCAAUUUGAGGGCCCUCAGAGACGUUCUACACCUCAAGGACAGAGAGCAAACUACACGAAAUGUUCUCCUGGGUGACUUACACAGACCAAACGUUACAAUCAAAGCCAGAAAAAUGCUUAGUGUGGAUCUCAGCAAAGCAUGAUCAUUCCAUCUAGAAGACAUUCUCAUCAGUAUCUCCCUUCAAGAGGUAAUGAAAAACCUGGGCCAAUCACACCAAUAUGGUGCCUCACAACAUCAAGAAACCUUAGGUGACAAACCCUCGAAUGGGUCAAAUAAACUUGCUCUCCAAGGGCCUAGUGGGAGACUCAUGCUAAGGAACAGUCAGUCCCAAUCUGAAAAGACAUGCUUCCAUGCAUAAGGCGAAUGUCCCAAAUGAAGACCACAGUCCAGUAUCACAAGCACGCUGUUGUGGUACUUUUCACUUCCUGGGUAGGAGACCACCAAAUUUACCGAGUCAAGCCACAAAGGUGAUGGCCUACAGGUGUGAAAUGUAACCUGCCUUCAAGCCACAAGCAAACCAAACUUACCACCUUUGGUUAGAUUUAAGUAGUUUCAUGUCUCACCUUUAAAACUGACUUCAUUCUUACUGUCACUCACAGUAGCCCCAUAAUCAGUACUUUAGUCCAAAUAACCACCUCUGUGGGUACCACCAGCAGGACGAUCAUUUUACUGAUGAGGAAAAGGACACCUAAGCCUUUACCUACCAGGUAGUCUGCCUUGCUGCUUUCUAAUUCAAACCUUUACAUUAAGAGCAAUCAAUCCCACCUCCCUUCCACCAUUUUAAGUGCAAAGGUGAUUAGUCAAUCCAACAUCCUCAACUUUGGUCUUGAAGCAAAUAAAAACUUAUAAGGACCACCCUUGGACUAUAGUCAAUUUUUAAGCAAUAAAAAAUUCACACCUUAUUGUCAACAGUGUUUUAUUUAUACCUACAAAAGAAAACAAGAUGGUAUCAAAAGGACAAUUUACAAACUAAGAAUAGUAACAUAGCUCUUAGCAUCCUGUGCCUGAACAUCACACAUCUACAAACCUUUCAAGUCUUAACACAACAGGAAUGUGUUCAGAGACCAGCAGACAUGAAUAGAGCACUGAUCCCAAGCAAAAGCCACCAACCACCCAGCCAGCCAUCUUUUAGAGAAGUCCACAAAAUGAACUGUUAGGGAGGGAUUGGGGAGUAGCAGCCCCAUAGCUUAACAUUGAGAUCUUUUCUAAAUGAGUCUCCACCAUGACUGCAAAAACUAGCAUCAGAUGAGGACUCUUCUGCUCAUGUUCUGAAGCAGAGAGAACCUGAAUCAUAAGUGACAGACACAGAGGCAGAAGAGUUACUCCAGAGCUAUACAGGAAAAACUGCUAGAUCUCAGCUGUGCUCAGGCCACUAUAGCUUUUGAGAUUUGGAAUAUGCUGUUACUUAGACUUUAAGAUUGCAACAUCUCUGGUGGAAAAAAGCAAGCAGCAGACCAAACACCCAUUGCUUGCCCAGAGACCUUGCCUGCAAAGGGAUGCUUUUAAGACCUGCAAGAGGAGGACACCCCCUGUGGUAGUACCUCUGUGUUUAAAACAAAAAACGAGUUUUGGUGUAGAAAGAAAUGUCUACAAUGGACUGGUCAGUGCUUAGGCAACAUUUGGGGGGGAAGGGGGGCGGAUACUUUGGUUUGAAAAAACAGAGCAGUUUUGCCAUGUUUUUCCUGUGCCUACCAUCCUCCCUUGGCCUCAACUUCUGUAAGAAGGGGGGGAAAAAGAGAAGUAAAGUUAAGAAAGAAGAAAGUGAAAAAAACAAAAAAAGAUGUCAAAGUUCUUACAUGCAUAUAUUUCAGCUUAUGCUGACAACCUACCUGUACGUUGCACAUUCAACCAUACUUUCAGAACCCCUCAGAAACAAUCCCUUCUCUCUCCCUGAAGAAUUUUAAAAGGAAAAUAAAACAAAAAUCCCAAAUAUUUAGAUCUUACAAACCAGCAAGCACUCUCAGGCCUUAGCCAAAGAAUGCAAUGGAGCCUUCCUCCUUUAACUACAUUAUUAAUGAACAAUACUGGUAACAGCAUAAAAAAAAACUAAUAGUCCCACAGUGGAUAUGAAAGAGGUUUCUGGGGCUGUCUGAUCUCCCUGUUCUGUUAUGGUGAAAACAAGAGCAGAAGAUUCUUUCUAGGCUUGUCUAUUACACGAAGUCUCAGGAAAAGAGUAUUAUUGUGAAGGGGCAAACUCCCCUCCCUUCAGAUGGAGGAAAAGCGAAAGGACUCCGGCUUCAGUCCUCUGUCACUUUUCUUAAGCACUACCUACCUGUAACAAAGCUGAGUGCAAAAGGAUGCCGAGGAAAACCUGCAUCCCAAAGCUGUUAGAAAGCACUGCAGAGAACAGAGUGUGAACACAAUUAAGAGUUCUUUCUUAAUAAACCCUUAACAUUCUUUAUUCAAGAUAACUUGGCCAAAAGGGCUGACUAGCUGGCAAAGAGUUGCUUUUAUUCUAGCUCUACAGAUACUGAGCUUAAAAAGAAAACUUGCCCAUUCAGUAUAUUCGGUUUAUAAUUAAAGGUCGUUUUUACACUGCAGGUGAAUGCAUACUUAACUGGCUAAUAAAAUAAAUUUCCAGUGAGCACGUAUGUUCAUUCUGCUCACAGCAGCUGUCUGGUUGGAAAAUGAAUUUCACAGAUGGUCCCUGGUUAUACGGGGAAGAAAAAUAGGCAGCUUCCACCAGAUGCUGAGAUGCUACAUUUAACCAUUGCAAUAAACACUUGGGGUUUUUAAUUAAAAGAUACACUUAAAAAACUCAGACUCAGCAAUUCAAUUUCUAACCUGACACUAAAACGGUUAUUUUUCAGUAAUUGGGAAGGGGAAAGGCAAGGUGUAAGGGAGACAAAACCAAUUAGAAAUUUUUUUAAACUGUCAAAUGCACUUAACAAGCAAUCAGCCAAAACAACAUGGCAAAGCACUGUCUGAAAAACUCAUCAGGCCUUGAGGAACCCUGUUCCAGCGUGAAAAAUGUUAAAAAGCAUUAGAGAAAGUGUGCAGGGAGCUCCCUCUCGGUUUUCUAACCCAGUAAUGAGAGCAAUUUAAAGCAAAGAUGCCAUCUUCUUCUGCAGAAUUCAACCCUCCACCCUCCCCCACCCCAACUCAGGACAACAAAAUAUGGGCUCCCACAAAAGGGCCUAAUACCUUACUUUUUCUUUUAAGAUGAAAAAUAGCUCAAAUAUCCUCAACAUGCAAGAAGUUGGGGGGGGAAUCUUCCAGUCGGCUGUGUGUGUGUGUGUGUGUAUAUAUAUAUAUAUAUAUAUUUUUUUUUUUUUUUUU